UGACGGGAAGUCUUCACUUGGAUGGUCCGUCCCCAACGGGUUACCUGUGGUGAAACGAAGCAAUAUGGCGGCAUGCAUCCGCGGCGUCCUCGUUGAUUUGAGUGGCACGAUUCACAUAGAAAACUCAGUCAUCCCAAGAUCGAUAGAGGCUCUCAAGAAGCUUCGCCAGACAGGACUUCCUCUUCGAUUUGUCACCAACACAACUAAAGAAUCAAAACUAUCACUUCUACAAAGACUUACAAAGAUAGGAUUCGAUAUAAAGGCUGACGAAAUCUUCUCCUCACUCACCGCCGCAGUAAGGCUGGUUCGUACGAGGGAGUUACGACCGUUGUUGCUUCUCCAGCCAGAUGCCAAAACAGACUUCGCAGGGAUAUCCACAGAUAACCCGAAUGCUGUGGUAGUGGGCCUCGCCCCUGAUUGUUUCAACUAUGAGACUCUAAACAAGGCAUUUCGGCUAUUACUAGAUGGCGGAAAACUGAUUGCUAUUCACAAAGUCCAGUACUACAAGAGGUCGGAUGGACUUGUUCUAGGCCCGGGACCUUUUGUAUCUGCCCUGGAAUAUGCUACCGAUGUCCAAGCAGAGGUGGUUGGCAAACCACAGGCUUUGUUCUUCAAACAAGUUUUAACAGAAAUCAAAUGUGACCCAGAGUGUGCUGUCAUGAUUGGUGACGAUGUUCGAAAUGAUGUGGAAGGGGCUCAAGCUGCUGGAAUAAAAGGCAUUUUGGUCAAAACUGGGAAAUACCGUCAUGGAGAUGAGAGCAAGUUAUCUCAACCCGCCUUUGCGGUGUGCCAAGAUUUUUUAGAGGCAGUUGAACUAAUAAUUAAGCACACAAAAGUUUCUAAAAGAUAGUUUUAUUGUAGAGAAAUAACAUUGUAUGAAUAUUCAUAACUUAUUUUGUAAAAAUAUUUUAGUAAUUGUGUGUAUAGGAAAUUAUUUACAAGAGCAAAAAAGAUUAAAAAAGAAAUAUUUUACUUAAAA